GGUGGCCAUUACGGACAAAGGCCUUUGCACUUCAAAGUAAUGGAUGCUUUGUAAAGCAAGGRACAGUUCAAAACACAUCAUGUAGCCGAAAAGAAUCGAAAUAUCUAAACAUGACUGGUUGUGGGUUCAAAAGCAGUGAUGAUACGGCCUUGRAGUGUUUGAUAUCAUUGAGCGAGGAGKUAAACAACGAAGAGAACGAGUUCGAUGAUCAAAUUGUKACUUCGGGUUGGGACGAAGUUUCUUGUGGUUGGAGAAACACAAAACCCAACGCCCGCUAUGCUGUGUAUCCAGAAAGGCGUAAAAGAUCAAAAGAAAAACUUCAAAUCAGUCCAGAACCCGACAGCCAACUUGCUAAAGUAAAGAAACUAGCUGGCAUGAUUGCUCAUUCAAAUCUAAAUCGUGAUAACAACUCCACCACCAAGCUCAAAACUGCGAGGAACUCAGCUUUAAUAAAAUAUCAAAACUGUGGUGUAUUGUCCUAUGAUACACCUUGCUGGAGAUUUGUGGUUGACCCAAAGUUAUUCAUGUACAUAGAGAGGCCUACAUUCCUUGAACUUCGUUCAGCUAGCGAAAGAAAGACAGCAACACAUACGAUCAUCUUAGAAAAUGGAGGCAUGAUAACAUGUGAAGAAUUCAACGGACGAAUGGCUCUGUUUGAUCCUGCUUACUAUUUCGAUAAACACUUGUUGGGCACUUAUAUCGAUAGAGAAGAGUUUCGUUUGAGAGCUUGUCAAAGAAGGCCUAURAAUUGCUCAUUUGAUUAUAAAACAUCUUUUUCACAAACACUUACAGAGGAAAACAAAAUUUGUGUUGUACAAACAGUGACGAUAAAACCAACUUUAGAGCCAUGUAGUUCAAUUUGUGAAAUGUGCCGACAUAGGACUCAAGAAMUUAAUGACAAAUGCAUAGGAAAAAGCAGCAGCAACAGCGACCUAAAGCCAUUAGUAAAARUUACCCCCACACAGAGAAARAUUGCUGAGGACAGUCGUCUAGCAGGGAAAGYCUUAGUACACCAAAGCAAAGGAAAAGACACCAGUUUGAAGUCUUUGAAAGUGAAUAAGAAAUCAAAGGACAGUUUCCAUGCAAGGCAUGUAGGGAUGCGCCUUGACUGGCUGCCAAUCACACGUAGCACCAUUGCAUACCCAUGUGACACAACAGGAAUUGAAAGAGUCAGCAAUGACAAAUUUCCUGGUCGUACAUCACAAGCCAAGGCAUUUGCAUUCCCCAGAGGGCAUGGAACAAAGGCCAGGAAACUYACCCUCAGUGAAGCUGCAAAUCUUGUGCCCAGGACAUCAAAACUAGGGCAUGCUAUCGACAAACUAGCAAAGGAUCUAGAAAAUAAGCAGGAAAAGCCUAUAACUUUGACAGAGCCUGUACUUCCAUCUGUAUCAGGAACUAAACUAGAGAUGCCUCUUUCAAGUGGCUAUUGUAACAUGUAAAAUCAUGUGAAACAGCCUUCUUGAUAAAACCAUCACCAUUUCCUUCCUGGUUAAUGAACAUCGCUUCCAACAAUGCACAASUGUGACUGGAUUCUUCCUYUAGCAAUUGGGUCUGAAUAUGUUCUAGAAAUUGCAGUCCRACAUCAGAUUAAAAUGUAAAUAAAAGAUGUAAAUAGGAAUUGAGAUAGUAUGAGUUAAUAUUUUAAGAUAAGGGAAUAUUGAUAUUUAGAAAUAAUAUAAUAUUUUGACAUGUUUUCAAAAGUAUUUUUUCAUAAGAUGUUGAAACUCAAGUUUGAUGAGUAAAAGAGUUCUCAUUAAAAUAAGUGAAUCAUAAUUUCAUAAAUCUACAGCUUUAUUCAUGAUACUUCAUGGGAAUAAUUUAUUAUUAGGUAAUAUAUGAAAGAGAAUAUUUGAUAGAAAGCCAUAGAGAUAAAAAACUGGUAACUCUAACCAUAAAGUGUGUGGGUGGUAAUAGAAACAUACAUUAAUAAACAUUSAAAGCACUGUUAUUCACCUCAUCUACACAGUUUACAACAGAUUUACACUCACAUGACACAAACUCCUUAUUUGUUUGCCUUUAUUUAAGUUCUUGCAAAGAGUUUCAUGAAUUUAAUGGUUGCACUCUAUUACUUAUUAUUUUCAUGUGAAAAUAUUUGGUAAUACUUUGAAAUAAUCUACAGUGUUUGACUGUUAUAACAGAGUUGAUUUUGAAAUAAAGUUUGGUAUUUUGAA